GCAACUUGCUGCUGAUAGCAUUUGUGAGUUACUUUGGAGCAAAGCUUCACAGACCAAGAAUGAUUGCUUUGGGCUGCACAGUUUUGUCAUUUGGCUGUCUUUUAAUAUCACUUCCACAUUUCCUAAUGGGACGAUACCAGAUUGAAAGCAGCAUUUCACCAUCUGAGAAUUCUUCAGUCAUGCCCUUGUACUUUCUUAAUCAGAGCUCUUCACCUACAGAGGAACCAUUAGAAGAUUGUGAAAAAGAGCCUGGAUCCAUGCUGUGGAUAUUUGUGAUGAUUGGAAACAUAAUACGAGGAAUGGGUGAAACUCCCAUCAUGCCUUUAGGCAUUUCAUAUUUGGAGGAUUUUGCCAAAGCAGAGAAUUCACCUUUCUACUUGGGAUGCCUACAAACAGCAACUGUGAUUGGACCAUUCCUUGGUUUCUUGUUGGGAUCAUUCUGUGCAAAACUGUUUGUGGAUGUGGGAUCAGUAAAUGCAGAGGACAUAACUAUAACAGUUACGGAUGCCCGCUGGGUUGGUGCAUGGUGGCUGGGCAUUUUGAUUUGUGCCUCACUGAAUCUCCUCGCAGGAAUACCCUUUUGGUUUUUGCCCAAGACCCUUGUGAAGGAAGGAGAAACCAAUGAACCUGAGGAGGUCCGUAAAAAAAGUGUAAUACUAUUGCAAGAAAAUGAAGCAGAGCAUGCCAAGCACAGCAAGCAUGGAAUUGCUAAAGGUGUUUACAACUUACCGGUUAUAUGCAUUGGGUAUUUUUUUGGAGGCUUGUUACUGAAGAAAUUCAAAACAAAUACCUUUCAGACUGCAAUGAUAGCAUUUUGUAUAUUCUUAUUGGAAUACCUGUUCUCCUUCAUGAUCUUCCGGAAUGUCUGUGACGCUUCACCAGUUGCUGGCUUA